CGAAGCUAAGAUGAGGGUGCUGUCAGCCAUCGUGCUCUGUAUAGAGCUUGCUGUUGUGCUUGGUCAAGACCCGACUACAACCACUGACACGACCACGACCACGGACACAACUACGACCACCCCGACAACCACAACCACUGACACAACUACGACCGAACCAACAACCACAACCACUGACACAACUACGACCACCCCGACAACCACAACCACUGAAACAACUACGACCGAACCAACAACCACAACCACUGACACAACUACGACCACCCCGACCACCACAACAACUGACACCACUACAACCACCCCAACAACUACGACCACCCCAACAACUACGACCACCCCGACAACCACAACCGCUGACACAACCACCACCACACCAACAACUACGUCCACCCCGACAACAACCGCCGCGCCAACAACAACAACUGGCACAGCUACCACCACGACGGGACCUACAACUACAACUGGCAAACCAACUACUACGAAAACAGUAAAGCCAACCACAACCAAAAAACCAACCACAACCAAAACAACAACCACCAAGAAGCCGACCACCCCGAAGCCUCCCAACUGUGCUGGACAGAAUUAUGAGAAAAUAAGCAAAUGCUGCUCACAGCCUCCAGCAAUUUUCAUGAACAUCACCAAGAAGGACAAGACUUGCGGCAUAAGCACCACCAACGUCAAAGUUUUUAACAUGUUCAGCCUGAAUAAGCAGCAAUCCUUAAAGAAGGGAUGGAAUAACUCUUUCCCCUUGAAUGACUCCAGCAUCGGAAAGAGCCUUUACCCUCUAGCUUAUUUUGCUGAUUGCUGGUUCAGGGCUAAGGGAGUGAUCAACAAUGAAACUGGCGAGAUCGAUGCUGCAGCGCUGGCAACGUUAAUUACCACAAAUCAAACUGAAUACUGGGCGAUGGUUCUAGGAGAUGCAGCAUCCAUUUGUGUUGAAGUAGUUACGGCAAUGUCUCCUCCACUUUUCGUGAAAGAUAAAAAGUCGAACGUAAGCAGCGCAGCAUUCUUCGUAGCCCAAUGCCUUGCUUUCGUCUCAAUCGAAUACUGCGAAACUAGAUUGACCACAACUUCAUGCAACAAAGAUUAUGCAAUGUUCGACACUUGCAAAAAUUACCUCUACCCAGACUUGGUUAAUAAUGGAGGGUCAAAGCUGAAAUCAGCCGUCUCGAAAUCUAGUUCUCUUCUGGGAGCUAAACGUGUUGUUGGCAAAUCUCAAGUCCAAGGCAAAAGAAGCAGUAGAAAAGGCAGGCGUAAUUGAAUUCAAGAAUGUCAGCUAGAUAUGAUGACGACCUCUGCGACAUAACCGGAACCUUCUUUUCUAAUUUUAAGAAACCUUAAAUAAUUCGGACACUGUAUAAUGAAAUAAUUAUUAAAUUACAAUUAUAUUAAUGCAAGCAUAAA